AACUGGAAUUGGAGAACGGAGCAUCCCUAGACACACACACUGAAAGAGUGCCACCUCCACGCUUGCUGAAGCAUGAGACCACCGAGAGGGCGUGGCGGCGGCGGAUUUAGGGGCGGCAGGGACGGCGGCCGCGGUGGCAGGGGAGGAGGCCGAGGCUUUGGCGGUCGCGGUCCUCCACGCGACGAAGGCCCUCCUGCUGAAGUCAUAGAGGUUUCUACAUUUGUGCACGCUUGCGAAGGAGAUGCAGUGACGAAACUCACGAACGAGAAGAUUCCGUAUUUCAAUGCUCCCAUUUACCUGCAAAACAAAACUCAGAUUGGUAAAGUUGACGAAAUUUUCGGCCCCAUUAAUGAGUCGUUCUUCUCGAUUAAAAUGUCGGAAGGGAUUGUCGCAACAUCGUAUUCUGCUGGCGAUAAGUUCUUCAUAGACCCUGCUAAGCUUUUACCUCUCUCCAGAUUCCUUCCCCAACCCAAGGGAACCCCACAAGCUGGUAGAGGUGGUUUCCGUGGAGGUGGUAGAGGCGGCGGGAGAGGUGGUUUCCGUGGAGGAGGUGGUGGUUUCCGUGGAAGAGGUGCUCCACGUGGCAGAGGACCACCACGGGGUGGGCGUGGUGGUUUUAGAGGCAGGGGUGGCAGAGCAUAGAAUGAGUGACAUUGUUUCGCCGCUUACCCUCCACAUGUUGUGGUGUUUAUUUAAAGGAUUAGGCAUCAAUUUGAGCAUUUCAUGCUACUCUACCUUUUUUUAGGAACACAAGUGUUUGUACUGUCGAUUAACAUUUGCUGUCCCCUCCUGCUCUUAUUUUUUCUCUUUAACUUUCUGUCCAUCAAAGCUUUUGUAGCUCUAUUGCUACGUUCUUUAGCUGUUGUUUGCAAGAAAAUGAAAAAGGCAUGUGGUUGAACUGUCA